AUGUUUCUUCACCGUGUGUUGUAUGUUCUGGCGUUACUUUUGAGCAUUAUCUCUUUAUGUGUGGCGACUGAUGCUUCUGAAGAGUCUUCAGAUGAUGUUGUUAAUAAUGCUUGCACUCCUGAAAAUGGUCAUCCUGAAAAGUGUGCCAAACCUGCUGAACGUGGCCCUGGUCCUGUUGGUCCUGCUGCCAAAGCAGGUCAAUUGGUUCCUAAUGGUGAAAACGGCGAAAAAGGUGCUGCUGGAGCUUCUGGCAAAGCAGCUGGACCUGGUCCUGCUGAAAAGGCAGAUGAAAAAAGCAAAGACAGCAAUGGUUCUGACGAUAUUAGGGUACAUCAGGGAAAUUCCGCUAAUGCUUCCGGACCUGCUGCUCAAUCUUUACAACGUCAGUCUUCUGAUCAACCAGGUACGCAAGGUCCUGCUGGCCAACAUGGUGAUCGAAGCAACGUUCCUGGUCGUACUGAAAAAGAUCAGGAAGUCAAUAAAGGAAUUCCUUCUGUUAUCACUGUUACUUCUGAAUCUUCUACUUCAGUUCUCACUCCUGAUACUAACCCUUCUGCGGGGACUGACGGUGAGUCUUCAGUUGAUGGCCAAACUGGAGACGAGGGCAACCAUACACCACGUGAGGGUGAAAAUGGAGAUAACAAUGGAACUGCGGCAACACAAUCUUCUGCUGAGUCUCCUAACACUUCCGCCACAGUGAGUGGUGAUGGUUCUGAUACUGCAACACCUGGGAAUGGCACUUCAUCUGCAGGGAGUGAAUCAUCAAAUAACCAACAAAGUGUGGAAACUGCAGAGACAGAUACAAAUACCACCACCACAACAACAACACUUCCUCCUGAACUCACAAACAACAAGAAGGGUGAUGCAGACAGCAGCAGCAGUAUCAACAGUUCUGUGUGGGUGCGUGUACCACUACUGAUUGUGGUUACACUGGCCUGUAUUCUUGNGGGGCUGUGGAGGUGUCGUGCGGGGCCGGCGGUGCGCUGCGUGUACGCCCCGCUGCUGAGAGCGAGUGGCUUACAUGCGGUGCGGGCAGCCGUGUGUCUGCAUGUGGGAAGUACGCAGACCUCUGCCGCCAACGUACCGCAAGAACAGCAAGAACAACAACCAUUGCUACUACUAAUGCUGGACAACCAAAGGCGGUGA